UCUGGGGUUUUCCGAAUGAGGUGAUUCAUCCGAUAAUCCGUAACUGCUUUCAGAAACUAGUUACUCAUCUGAGAGUGCAAUCGCGUCAUGGAAAAAGGUCAGUGGUGUUUGGGAAGCAUGGUUUACAUUUUUACUCAUUGCAAUGAAUGGUAUACAGGAACCACAAGCUGUAAAUAUAUAACGAUAAAUGAGUGAAUAUAGUAAUGGAUUAUCUUCUUUAAUGUCCUAUUGUCUAGAAAAAGACCAGGAACACUUGUGCCUUCACAACGUAGCCUCACACAUACCUGAUUUGGUGAGUCUAUGGGAUUCAUGUCACCAGCUCAGAUCAGACUGAGCUUGAACUUGAUCUGUACGUAACUGUAUUUUAUCUUUCCCAAAAUAUUGGCUGAAUAUCCUUCCUGUUCGCCUCUUGACUUGUGAUGGAGUCGGCAAUCGGUGUGCUGGUGUCCCAGUUCAAGGCGUACGCUGGCAGUGAUGGUUCCUCUGACACGCUGAGCAGGGAUGAGUUCCACAGACUGGUCUCUUCAGAGCUCCCUAACUUUGUCAAGAAUGCCAGUGACCCCACUGCCAUUGAGCAGCUCAUGAGCUCACUGGACAAGAACAAUGAUGGAGAGCUCAACUUCCUGGAGUUCUGGCAGCUGAUUGGGCAUCUUGCAAGCGAACAUGGGGGGUUCAGCCAAUAGAGUAUCCUCGGAUACUCUGUUCCAGCUUCUUCUGUGUUACUGACUUGUCAGUGAGCCAUACAGUUUUAGAAAAUGGGAAAACAGCCAAGUGGAAAACACCCUGAAGUGUUUCAACUGUGAAAUGCUGUGUUUUUAUCAGUAGUGUGCAUUUCUUCUCAUCCUUUCCUCACACCAGCCGCUGCCAAACUGGCACAGACUUUGUCACUGAAUACUAUUGACCACUUUUGGCAAUAUUAGAAUCACUACUAAUGGUUUCCCAACACACACACUCACACACACACACACACUCACACACAGGUUUACUAUGGUGUCUCAAAACUGAGAAUAUGUAUGUUAGCAGUAUGUAUUCUUGGCUUGUCUUAAUCUUGGUGAACACACCAUGUGGUUUUUAUCAUCUCCUUCAAGCAGACAAACAGGGGUGUGGUGUGUCGACAGAGCAAGAUUUUAUGUUCAGAUCUUUAAAUAAAUAUAAAGAAAUAGUAAAAUAUUAAAACGUGUGU